AUGCCACCGCACCUGCACCCACGCUCAACAGCGACCUCGACGCUAUUCGCCGGGACUCUUCUCGCCUCAUUCGUAGUCGUCGGCAUCCCACAUCUCUUCCCAUGUCCACAGCCACGAAGAAGCUACGCGGAUGCUGAGCGCGCACAACAACCACCAAACUCAACGCGCUAUGACAGAUCAGAUGGCAACGUAAGGGAGAGGAAAGGCUUGUCCCAGCGAAAAGCCAUGUCCGAGGAAGCCGCACUCUUCGCCGAGCUGCAGCAAGAGGCGGAGGCUAUGGACCGCGAAUCCAGGGAGUGUCCCGUGCCGAAGCCGAUGGGCUUUCUUAGGAAAGUUUUGGGGUUUGAGGAGAAAGAGAGCAGUAAGAUGAUAGAUGAGCCUUCACAAUCUGCAGCUCCAGCUCCUGCUCCGUCAAUACCGUCCAGUGCUGUUGGGGAUGAGCAAGGGAAGAGCUGA